GACUACUCGUCUCAGUGCCUACAAACACUUUCUUCGCGUAAUAAACGAAUAGAUCGAAACAUGAAAAUUAAACAGAGUGGUUAUUAUGUGGUAAUUGUUGCUGCCUUGGCAGUUAUUGUUACCGGAGUAACUGUAAAGGCACCUGAAUAUCCGUCCUCAGGUAUCGUCAUAUUGCCUCAUCCGAAGGAGUAUAAUUUAUAUUACAUUUGUCAAGACACAAUUUGUAAAAGCACAAUUUACAAGUGUCCCGAUGAUCUGCAUUUCAAUAACACUAUUAAACAAUGCGACUGAUCGCUCGCAGGACGUUUCCCCAGAAUGAAUCCAAAGACUGAAUCAGAUGAGGAAAAGGCUGGUAAGUCUAAUUGCGUCGGUACAUGUCCAAUUUUGAAUCCUGAGGAUAAAACGAUACUUCUGCCGUACAGAGGUGACUGUAAAUUUUGCUCAUGCAACAACGGCACGCCUAUCGUUUUGUCCUGCCCAUCCAGCUUACAUUUUCACGAAGCGGAGCAAGUCUAUAACUGGCCAUGGAUAGUCGAUUGCCCAUGGUAGAUAAACAAGGGCAAAAUCUGUAGACAAGGAUUAAGGUAAAAAGAAGAAAAAGUGCAGUUUUGCGAUUCUCCACUUUUAUCGCUAAUUCGUACAUUGGAAGAGAUGGAAGAAACAAUGGUGAUUUGGACGAACACGCACCUCUUCUUUCUAAUUUCUUAUUGUGAACAAUAAAAAAUUUAGCAGAAUAAACUGAAAUUCAUAUAGUACAUUUGUGUUCGUAGG